AUGGAUGAAAACAACGCAGCAAAGUUAACCGGGAUAAAGCAGAUUGUGAGGCUUAAAGAAAUUCUACAAAAAUGGCAAAGUGUGACGAUAGGUUCAAAGUCAGAUGAUACAGAGUUGGGAGAUGGGAAGCACACAGCCAUCAUUUCACCGGUUAUUAUAAACAAGAGGCUAUUAGAUUUGAAGACUUGUGACUCGGACGAGGAAACUUGCCAAAGCCCCGAGCCACCGCCUGAUGUUCCUGAAGGGUAUUUGGCGGUGUAUGUUGGACCCGAGCUCCGAAGAUUUAUCAUACCCACAAACUUCUUAAGCCACUCUGUCUUCAAGGUCUUGCUCGAAAAAGCCGAGGAAGAAUAUGGAUUUGAUCACAGCGGUGCCUUAACCAUUCCUUGUGAGGUCGAAACUUUCAAGUACUUGCUUAAGUGCAUUGAGAACCAUCCAAACGAUGACACCUCGGCUGGAGAUUCACUAGAAACGGAAGAGUAA